CGGCAGUUGCAGCAGUAUUCAGUUGAAUUAAGUCGAUUAACGCUAACGGAAAUGUCACCAGCCAAGCUCUCAUCAAUCUUUCUUAUCGGCUCCGUCUUGCUGUUGGCUGUUGAGGGCAGAUCGUGGUUUGACUUCAGCAGUGAGGACGAUCGCCAGAACGAGAUAAGCGCCGAGGAUUUUGGACGCAAAGUGAUCAUACCCGAUGUGGAGCGCAUAUUCAGCAGUGCCGAGAUCAAGCAGAUAUCCAGAAGCAUCAAAGGCACAAAUAAGAUCAAGCGUCAAAACUCGGAGACGACGACGAAGAGCUCCAAGCAUGCCCACGGCAUGAUCAAGUCCAUGCUCAGCUUUGUCAGCAACGCAAUGGGCUUUGGUCGGACCUUCCUCAGCAAUGAAUAAUCAAGAGUGUAAUUCAAGUCAUAUAUUAAUCAUAGAAAUCUGUUGUACAGCUUAAGUUAUAUUCUAUCGAGGUAUGAAAUUAGUUCUAAAUAUAAACAUAAAUUAUAAACUCA